UUUCGAAAGACCCGCUAGAGGUUAAAACAGGGCGCACUUGGGGUGCUUUAAGAUAUCGCUAUGCACUCUGGGAAUAACAGUUCAUGUCACAUAUAUCGCAUUGGCAAGUUUUCGAUUUCGGUCAUCGUUGGUAUCGGAGAUGCUCUGCAAGUUUGAGAUGAGGCUUUAUAAGAAUCUCACGAAAUUAUCAUUUUCCCCUCCGCCGUUUAAAGCUAGCCACAUAUUAGUUUCACUUUGUUUUACACCAUGGACGCCAGAAAUGAUUCAUGGACAUUACAUUUUGGAAUACGUGUUACUGGGUAGCAGCUAGCUAACUUGCUUGUUAGCUACCUACUGCAAUUUACUAGAAUACACAUUAGCUAGCAAUCGAAUGAAAGAAAGGUCUGAAGUUAGCUAACUUUUAUGAAAAGCUAGUAACCAUGUGUAGCUAACUUACUGUUGUUGGCUAGCUAGCCAAAGACAGACAUUUUAUACAAUGUUGUUCAGCUAGAGCUGUGGAACUUACUUAGAAGCUUGGUAAAACUUACGUUACUCAGAAUAACACUCACGUUAUUUUAGCUAGCUAUUUGCAAUAAAGAAACCAUGUAUUGUACUUGCUUGUUUUUAGCUACCUAGCUAGCAUUUUUCUGACUACCGUUUUCAAACCAGAUAACGUUAGAUAGCAAGAUUACAUCCUUGAGAAGUCUGUCGCCAGCCAAGUUACUCGUCUUGGGUAUUUUAUUUUCGUUUAAAGUUGCGCCUCGGGAGCCAGGAUAUUAUUGACAAGAGGCUAACAUUAGCUUUCAUACUGGUUCAGUGGUUGAACUUGUGGUGGUAAGGCUAGCUCCCAUUGCUAUAAUAGUUGGAUCUCGUCCUCCGUUAGCUAGCUGUCUUGAAUGACAGGGACUUUCUUGCAAAGAUCAUCGGACCAUGUUUUUGUACUGUUCUUACUUUUAAGGGACCAUUGUUAUUAGCUAAAUACAUAGCUAGCUAAACAAGUAAAUUGCUGAGGAUGCCUGGCUCAGAAAUUAAUCUUUCAAAUGCUGAUUUGGGAGAAUUUGACUCAGAAAGUCUCCCUUCAAACUCCGGUUUGGGAGACUUGCCAUGGCUUUGCAUGGUUACGCUGUUCAUUGCCUCCAUCAUUACAUUGAUACUGUAUCUAGUACAGUAUUUUUACAGCGAUCUACGGAUACAGAUGCCUGAGCAAAACAAUGCUGGUUCGGGGGAAGCGGACGUUCUGUUGGGAUGGGCGCUUUCACUGAACAGUUGGAAAAGUCAAUGGAGAGGGGCUUGGUGCAGAGCUUUGAAUGACGAAUCGACGAAGUCUGGGUGCCCAGUGCAACUAAUAUUAGAAGAGGACGGCCUCGAGUCAUCAGAACUGGUGGUUGGCCAAGUGUCCAGCUUCAAGAAGUCUGCUAGUCAGAAGGCUGCACGAUGCAAGGUGGUCGGGGACAAGCUUCAGUUCUCCCUCAGUGCUUCACCAUCAGCCAUGUCUCCAGGAGAUCCCUGUAGGUACAGCGUAAAGAUAUCUCCACUUGAACUGCAGUUGGACUUGCAGAUGAGGGAGGCUGAAGGGCAGGUCCAGGUGGUCUGGGGGGUGUGCCAUCUCGAGACUUGGGACCUGCAGCUCAGCCCCAGCUUCACACAGGACCAUGCCACAGGCCCCAGUGUGGCUGCAGUAAAGGACAGGCUGAGACAGCUGCUGUGUGCGGUGCGUCCCUCCAUUAUGCUGAGUUGCAGGCCUGCUCAGGCCACAGAGGUCAAGGAGGCCCGUAACAAGGUGACGUCACCGCCCAAGCCCCCCCGCGCUCACGACUGGAAGCUGCUGGUAAAGAAUAUCCGGGUAACGUGUAAGGAGCAGGAGGACGGUGCUGCAGGCAGUCUGAAUCCCCUGUGUGUGCUGCAGCUAGACGACCCUCCACAGAAACUCUCCACUUCAGUCCUACAGAACACAGCCAGUCCAGCCUGGGACCAGCCCUUCAUCUUUGAGCUGAAUGGACGAUCAAAAGAGCUGAAAAUUCAGCUGCUGGAUGAUGGGAAACCGCAGGAGAACUCCUUACUGGGUCAAGUGUCUUUGCCUUUUGAUCUGGUGAAGAAGCAGCCCAAAGGACAGCAAACAUUUACACUCACGACCAAAGAUCAAGUGACAGGGUCACUUACUGCUGAGUUGACCUACCUGAAACCCAGUGAGGUGCGGUCGUGGCAGUCCCCUACUCCAGCCCCCACUAAGAGAGUGGAGAUGGACCGCACGGUCAUGCCCUGCGGUACUGUGGUCACCACAAUCACUGCAGUGAAGAGUAAACCAGGUCGACCACUACUGCCUGGACUAAAUAUAACCCAGCAGACCCCCUCCAAUCCUCCCAGCGGCACCAAGUCCAAGGUGUCAGGACGAAGGGUGUCGGCGCAGCCGUCCGUGCUGGGGAUCAUGGGGAGCAAGGCCUUGUCCUCCUCCGACACAGAGCUACUCAUGCUCAACGGGACCGACCCCGUGGCCGAGGCUGCCAUCCGCCAGCUCCACGAGUCCGCCAGGCAGAAGCUCAAGUCCCCGGUCAAGAAGAGCACCAUCAUCAUCUCAGGAGUGACCAAGACUCCUCUGUCUCAGGAUGAUGAGAUGGCUCUGAUGGCGGGCUAUGCUGCUGCGAUGGACGCCUCUAUGUCGGAGGGCGGAUCUCAGGAGAUUGCUGUGGCAACUGCAUCAGUAGUAAAAGCCAGUAGCAAACCCCUGGAGGUGUCGUCAGACCCCCAGGAGGGCCCCAGUGGAGUGGCCCAGGCUCAAGCCCGGCAGGCCCCGGAGGACUUGGAGUGCCAAGCAGGACAGGGCACAGACCAAGAUCCAGACAAAACCUCCAUGUCACUAUGCAUCUCAGAGUCUGGAUCCAAAAAGAGCAGAGGAGGCAGCUUCCUGCACAGGAGUGCCAAGCUGUUCUUCCGCCGGCGCCGCCAGUGUAAAGACCCGGGGAUGAGCCAGUCGCACAACGACCUGGUGUACUUGGAGCAGCCUGUGACGGUAGACCGGGAGAAACGCACGUCCACCUUCAGCCGGAUGCUGAACCGCAAGCUGCUGCCCACGAGCAAGAGCACAGCCAACGGCUCCACCACCACCCAAACAGUGACACCCGUUCCUACCCCAGGGGAGCAGCAUGCAGCCUGACCCCCCCCCUCCCACCGAUAGGCCUCCAGCCCCCCCACUCCACCACCCCUACCACCCUCUCCUUCCCCUCUAGGCCUCCAGCCCCCCUCUACUUCCCCUACGAUGGUCCUCUACCCCCCCCUCCACGCCACCACCCUCUCCUUCCACUCUGAUAGUCCUCCACCCCCCCACUCCACCACCCUCUCCUUUCCCUCCAAUAGUCCUCCACUCCACCACCCUCUCCUACCACGUCUCCUUCCCCUCCGAUAGUUCUCCACCCCCCCCCACUCCACCACCCUUUUCUUCCCCUCCGAUAGUUCUCCACCCCCCCACCCUCUCCUUCCCCUCAGAUAGUCCUCCAUCCCCCCACGUUGCCUCCACAUCUACCACCUUGCACUGACUGAUAGACUCCACUUCCUGAUCCGUGAAUCCUCCAUUACUGGUUGGAAGGCAGUAUGGAGGUAAAAUAUUCUCUUUAUCUCCCUCCCUCCGGCUCUUCCACCAACCUCACUUUUUUUUGUAGCAGAAAUAUUUGAUCGUGUUUUUGGGUAAUGCUAAUUUGGAGAAAAAAAAAAUCUUCACCUCCAUGCCAUUUCAUGAUAAUAUUUUUGUAAUUAAAAAAACAAACAUAUAUUCUGUAUUUGUGGCCUUCUAAACCAGAAGAAUAACUACUUGUGGCCAACCUGCACCCUCAUCCUAUUAGAGUGUAGUAACACAGAACAAUGAGACAGAUAUUUCACCGGAUGUGUAAAUGUGAAGCAUCUGGUUGGUGUUUCCACUCACUACCAAAUAUGGUUGUGAGAGAAAGCCAAGUGGUCGUCAGCGGGAGAAGAUGGAGUGAGAUGGAUUUUGGCCAACAUUCUGCUAGUUUUCCCAUUGAUUAAACAUUUGAUGUCCAUACAGUUUUCUGCUUCCAUAACUAGAAUCGGUAACAAACCGAGUGGACUACACUUUGUAGACUUUACCCUUUGCCAAGGUUUUGAAAAUGCCGUUGUUUUGGAGUGCAAAGGCGAAUUGUUAUUGCACACGCGCACUUCAUAGUAGGCGUUCCCUAACGGAAAUAUUAAAAUAAAUUCUAUAAAGCGCUAAUAAGAUCUCACUAGCUCGUGCUUGGCUCUGCCCACCUCCUUGUUUGUUCUGCCCAGUAUGAUUAAUUUGCUCCCAUUGGAAACGACAGGCUCUGGUCUAUCUUGGGUUAGUUAUAAAAAAUAUUUGGUAGUGAGGUCAACCCUGACCUUUGACCUCUUAAAGGGUCCGAUUGAAAUGUGGCCCAGAGGGACCAAAGAAGGAGAGAAGAGUGGUGUUGACAUGAUUUGCACACAUUGCUAGAUACAUUUUCUAGGUUUUACACUCAAGGUGUGAUUUUUUUUUAAAAGCUUUUUAAGAGUAAUUACUUGAACUGCUCUUGUGAUAACCUCUAUCUGUAUAAAUAGCAAGCAGUUUGGAGGCACUUUGUGAUUGAGAGAGGAGUUUGUGUUGACAAAGGGAGACAGUUUGUUCCACUGCAAGGCUGAUACUAGUGGGAGAUGAUAAAGCCUAACAUUUUAAUUCAAGACAUCUUAUCUAAAGUAAAUUCACAUACAAACUUCAGAGCUACUGUGAAAAUCUUAUGCCAGACUAAACAUUUCAGACAUCAACAGUUAUGGCAGUUCUGUAAGUUAUCUUUUGAUGUCAUUGGUUAUCUCAUACAGUUUUGUAAAGUCCAAAAUUACACUUGGUAAUAAAGAAUUGGGAAUUUCCACCAUAAACACUAUUUCAAAACAGUGCAGUGACAUUAUGGAAAACAUGAAAAUUGCAAUUUUCUGUUUGAUAACAUUUUAAAAUAUUUUUUUGCUUUGUAUUAUCACUUUUCUUUUAAAUAUUGCAGUGUUUUAAAUGCAAUUUCCUCUAGUCUUCCGACCUAAAGAUUCCUUACACUACAACUGCCUGGGGUUGGUGAGGUAGAAAAUGGAACCCCAGUGACGACAUGCUGAGAGAGGGAACGAACGUGACACUACCUCAAGGCAUACUUGUUGCAGUGUUCACUAAAAACACAGGGGUCAUUCACUCAUGCGUUUCUGCUGUUUUUUUGUUUUAAAAAUGAAAUGUAACAUAUCAGCGCUUUAAACAUUGUCUAAACAGAAAGGAUGAUACAUCUUUGGGAAAUCUGAAUGGUUUGACUGCUUUGGGAUUUUAUCUAGCUAAUGAUUGUACUUUUAUUUAAGCAGGUAAAUUAAAUGAGUUGUUUUAAGAUAAAUUCCCUGCCAACUACUGUUUUUAUUCUCAUUGAAUGAGCCUACUGAGAGGACUGCUAUACUCUUAUGGACAUGAUGGCAGUACUCAACAUGGACAUAGUAGUCAGAUGCCCUACUGUUUACAAGGCUUUUGAAGAGACUGGAGAACAGUUGUUCUACCUGUGUAGUAGUGACAAACUGUAGUGGGAUUACCUCUUGGAAAUUGUCAAUUCUUCAGGUAUGACCAGUCUUCGAAUGACUUGGGACAUGCUGUCCCAGAACGGCAGUAGCUGUGCUAUCUAUACCUAUGAUCUGGUGUUUUCAGAGGACUUGAGAAUGUUGCUGAGUGGCAUUAAAAUGACAAAGAGGAGCCAGUUGGAUUUCCCCUCAACAACCCAUAUGAAAACAUAAUCAAUGAGCUGUGUUUUUAUGAUAUCCUUGGAUGACUGAUUACACUGGGGUAUCUGGUUGCUGAAAAAAAGGGUAUGCCAUUUGUGUUGAUCUUGAACAACAGCAUUAACUAAGUUCUGUCUGCUGCAGAUACUGUAUGGGUUAUGUGUUUUUUUUUUACGUCCUUCCUGUGAAGUAUGAACGAGCGCCAAACGCCUCAGAUCCUGUAACCGGUCACAUAUUUGUACAGUGGUGGGUCAAAUAUUGACGUAAGCUCCUGGAAGGGUUCCCAAUGAGCUGACUGCUCCUUGUUUCAGUAAAUAAGGUCCCCUUUAGAGCCAUCUUGCAGCUAGAGGUGUAUGCCGAAACCCAAAGUAAUCUUUAAACCUUGUUAAAACUUCAGAAAAGAAUGUGGGGUGUUUUAAACAUGCAAACUUGAUUCUAAGCCUAAUCAAUGGCAACUGACAAGUGCAAGAUUAUGCAUUUCAAUAAGCAGUGGGCCUGUAUAUUAUUAAACAGCUUGCUGACAUUUUAUAUUGUCUCUGUGAAACGUACAGAACCUGGUUGCCUGCUAAUAUUUAAUUACAGUCAAUGCCAUGCAGGGAUUAUGAGUAAUUAUUGACAUAUCAGGUUUAACAUCUUGAGCAAUAAAUAUUAACUGAAUAACCA